UAAUAGUAAUACAUGUUUUAUGAGAAGGCUCAGAUCAUUUUGUUCAAAUAACUUGACCGUCUGAAUUUUAAUAGGAAUUUAAAACAAAGUUAAAUAUGUUAUACACUUCAAAUUUGUCAACUUAAAAUAGCACCCCAAAAAAUGUGUGUCAAAAUCUAGGGUGAAACUAAAUUUAAGUUAAAUUGGCAACUGAUUUUCUGCCUUAGUUGCCCAGAUGGAAAGCGGCGAGGAGCAGCUGCAGCUCGAGCUGGAUAGGAUUUCGGAGGCGAGUCACCAGGUCAGCAGCUUCGAUGACCUCAUGGCCCUGACCAUCAACUCGGAGCGCUUAAUGGCAAGGGUCAACUCGAGCCUGGACGCCCUGAACUCCGCCCUCGACCGUCUGGAGGAGCGGACGGAUUACGUUCUCUUGGAGAUUCGGCGGAUAAUCGGAGCAGAAACGCGGCUGCAAAGUCCGCACGAUGGGUGCGGAGAUCCAGAUGCCAGGGCGUAGGCUGGUAAACCCAAUGUAAAUUGACAGGUCGUUAAGAUCUAUGAAUAUAUUAAAUAGAUACAUUUGAA